AUGGACUCAGACGAGAUUGUCCCUGAUCAUACGCAAAUCGAGCUGGAGGACCUGGAUGAGAAAUAUCCGAAUCGCCCCCACAACCGUGGUCAAACGCUGCCCUUUCAUGAGUUGUACCUCAAUCUUUUUGACCCACUCAGUGAGAUCAGAAAGAGACCCAAGGGCCCAAGUCUAGCUCGAAGAAAAGCUGGACCAAACGGAAAGAGUGCAACGACUCUCAAUCCUUAUGAAAUCAGGCGAGACAUUAUCGCCCGUUUCAUUUCCAAAUGGCGGAAAGAAGUUGGAGAUGACAUCUAUCCUGCAUUUCGGUUGAUUCUUCCUGAUAAGGACAGAGACAGACCGAUGUAUGGCAUCAAAGAGAAAGUCAUUGGCAAGAUGCUUGUCAAGAUCAUGAAGAUCAACAGGGAGUCUGAGGACGCUUCGAGUCUGCUCAAUUGGAAGCUUCCGGGGGUCACAGCCGCCCGAAUGGCGGGGGAUUUUGCUGGGCGCUGCUAUGAUGUUCUGUCCAAGCGACCAAUGCGCACGGAACCGGGCGACAUGUCCAUCGAGGAAGUGAACAAGAAGCUAGAUGAUCUUUCUGUCGCAACAAAAGAAGAUCAACAGAUUCAUAUCCUGUCAGACUUCUAUCGGCGCAUGAAUCCGGAGGAGUUGACAUGGCUGAUUCGCAUCAUUCUUCGCCAAAUGAAGGUCGGUGCCACAGAACGCACCCUGUUCCAUGUUUGGCAUCCGGACGCCGAGAAUCUAUACAGUAUUUCAAGCAGCUUACGCCGAGUCUGCUGGGAGCUGCAUGACCCGAAUAUCCGACUUCAAGCGGAAGAUCGUGGGAUCGGGCUGAUGCAGUGCUUUCAGCCUCAGCUGGCGCAAUUUCAAAUGCACUCGUUUGAAAAGAUGAUCUCGCGAAUGCGCCCGACUGAAGAUGACCCAGUAUUCUGGAUAGAAGAAAAGAUGGAUGGGGAGCGCAUGCAACUUCACAUGGCUGCCGAUGACUCUGUGCCUGGUGGGCGCAGGUUUCGCUUUUGGUCACGCAAGGCUAAGGAAUACACAUAUCUCUACGGAAGUGGUAUUCAUGACGAAAAGGGCGCCUUGACGAGGCAUAUGGGGCAUGCUUUCGCAGAAGGCGUGCAGAGCCUGAUUCUAGAUGGUGAGAUGAUCACAUGGGAUCCAAAGCAAGACGCUCCGGUUCCCUUUGGUACAUUGAAGACCGCUGCUCUGGCAGAACAACGCAACCCUUUCUCCGAUGGACCUCGACCGCUGUUCCGCGUAUUUGAUAUCCUCUAUCUCAACGGUACCGACCUCACCAAAUAUACGCUUCGCGACCGUCGUAAAGCUCUGGAGAAGGUAGUCAACCCCAUUCCUCGUCGCUUCGAAAUCUUGGAAUAUUACGAGGCGACAACCGUCGCCGAUAUCGAAAAACGCCUACGAAGCGUCGUUGCUGAAGCCUCAGAGGGCCUGGUGCUGAAGAACCCGCGGUCGCCAUACCGGCUGAAUGAGCGCCAUGAUGACUGGAUGAAAGUCAAACCAGAAUAUAUGACUGAAUUUGGCGAGUCUCUCGAUCUCAUCGUCAUUGGCGGGUACUACGGGUCCGGUCAUCGAGGCGGUAACCUUGCAAGUUUUCUCUGUGGUCUUCGUGUUGACGACCAACAUGCCUCGCAAGGAGCAGACCCGAUGAAAUGCUGGUCAUUCUGCAAAGUCGGAGGGGGAUUCACUGCUGCAGAUUAUCAAGAAAUCCGCCACCAUACUGAUGGCAAGUGGCAUGAGUGGGAUCUCAAAAAGCCACCGACAGCAUUGAUUGAACUUGCCGGAGGAGAUGCUCAGCAUGAGCGGCCAGACACUUGGAUCAGGCCAUCAGACUCUGUGGUUCUGUGCGUGAAAGCAGCCUCGGUGUCCGUGAGUGACCAGUUUCGUCUGGGGUUGACGCUGCGCUUUCCACGUUUCAAAAAGUUGCGGAAGGAUAAGAACUGGGAAAGCGCUCUAUCUAUUCAAGAAUUCUUAGACCUCAAAUCGAAUGUCGAGCAGGAACACCGCGAGAGAGAAUUCGCAGUCGACAACUCUCGCAAGCAAAAGCGUGUGAAGAGAGCGGUCAAGAAACCUUUGACCAUUGCUGGGUAUGAGGAAGAAGAGGAAGCUCGAUAUUUUGGCCCUUCGGGUCAUAUCUUCGAUCAUCUCAACUUCUUCGUCAUGACGGAGUCGAUAACGCCAGAGAAAAAGACCAAGGCCGAGCUGGAGCAAUUGAUCAAAGCGAAUGGAGGCAGAAUAUUUCAAACUCACACAGCUGCGCAAGACACCAUCUGUAUAGCUGACCGCAGGACCGUCAAGGUCGUAUCGGUACAAAAAAGCGGGCAGGCUAAUAUCGUUCGGCCAUCAUGGUUGAUUGAUUGCAUUCGCCAGAAUGAGAAAGAUGCCGGUCUACCAGAUCUUCUCCUGCCGUUUGAACCCAGACACAUGUUUUUCAUGUUGGAGGACCAUGUAGAGGAUAUCAAGCUAAAUGUCGACCGGUUUAUGGACAGCUAUGCGCGAGACCUUACAGUUGAUGAGCUCAAAGAGAUAAUGGAUCAGAGGGUCCUCUUUGGGCAUCAGGCACAAGAAUCCUUUGAUCGUCAAUCCGCUGCAAGGAUCGAGGCUCAAAUUCAACGGAAAGUCGACUCUGGUUAUGCGCCUCUGCGUGGAUGGCUAUUUUGCAACCUGAAAUUUUUUUUCCCGACGAGACAAGAGAAUCGAGCAUCUGACAGAGGCAAGAAUAACGCGCACCCUCUUGGUGGUGUUGAUGAUAUUCGUGUGACUCUCGCGCGCAACACAGCUCUCUUUGGCGGGGCACAAAUUCUCAAUUCGUUGGAAGUAGGCGCGGUCACCCAUGUUCUGAUCCAUACCACACAGAUGCCCCCCGCCAGCAUCAUGGCAUUGCGACAAUCCAUAGCCCUGGGGUCAACUUCGAAGAUUCCCCAUCUGGUCAGCCUGGAUUGGCUGGAAGAGAGUUGGAAGCACGGUACCUUAUUGGAUGAAGAGAUGCCUUGGAAGGAUUCUCUGUAUCACGCUAGUCUGAAAUAG